AUGAUCAUAAUUAUCCUCAAACACCUAACUCUUGCCAUUCUUUUUCCACCUGACCUUGAUGUCAUUGAAGGAGAAACUCGCCUAACGACAAACAUCUUGAGAAAUAUGCAUUUGUUCCAUCUAGAGUCCAAUUUAGGUGUUUCGAUGCCUGAGCCUGACCCUGAUUCUGAGGAGGAUAAACCCAUUCCUGAUGCAACCAUACAUGAUGUUGCUGCUCCAGUGCAACAAGAGCGUGUCACGCAUCCCUAUCAUGACAUUGUUUUUGAAAUAAAUACUGAGAUGGUGGAGUUUAGAGAAGAGUUUUAUACCUUUAGAGACAAUCAACAAGCACACAACCAACAUGUGGAUUCCCUUGUGACUAACAUGCAUAGGGUACUUGGUUUAGGUGGUCAACCCACACGACCACCUUAUUACUCUCAAUAUCCACACUACCCUCCACCGUAUAAUCCAUAA